AUGAUUCUUGGAGCAUUCUUGACAGAGAUUGUGGUAGCAUUCUGCCUUGCUGCAACCUUGUUGUAUAAAUAUGGAAAUAUUUUUCGACAUCAUAUCAUUGUUACAGUUUCUGUGCUUAUAGCAUGGUACUUUUCAUUGCUGAUAAUAUUUAUACUGCCUUUAGAUGUUUCAUCGACUGUUUUCAGACAGUGUGUUGAACAAAAUAUUCAUAAUACUAGUAAAACAAACCCUGAAAGUACAACAGUAGCACCAUUUCACACUUGUAAAGAACCUUGGCCUAAUGUUCCAGAAAAUGUAUUUCCAAAUUUGUGGAGAAUUGUUUAUUGGACUUCACAAUGUUUGACAUGGUUAAUAUUACCACUAAUGCAAUCUUACAUAAAGGCAGGAGAUUUUACUAUUCAAGGAAAAUUAAAAUCUGCUUUGAUUGAUAAUGCCAUAUAUUAUGGGAGUUACUUGUUUAUAUGUGGUAUUCUUUUAAUAUACAUAGCAUUAAAACCUGGCUUAGAUCUUGAUGGCCAAAAGUUGAAAGCUAUAGCAUCAUCUGCAUCCAACACAUGGGGUCUGUUUUUACUAGUAUUAUUACUUGGAUAUGCACUCGUAGAAGUUCCUCGUGGAUUAUGGAAUGCUAGUAAACCUGGAUAUACCCUAAAUUAUAGCUAUUUUAAAGUUGCUAAAUUAAGUUUAGAUAAAUGUGAAGCAGAAGAAACAGUGGAUGAUAUACUUGAGUCUUUGCAAGCUGCUACAGUGUCUAUUGGACCAGGACAUCCUUUUCAUUGUAAUUUGGAAACAAUUUUCCAAAAGAUUCCUGCAGAAUUAAAAGAUAGAAUGAAUAGAAGACAGUUACCUGAUGAUACACCAACUGAUACACCAUCAGAAAAAUCUUUAAUUCGUUUACAUAGACAAACUAUAAAAGCAUUACAGACAUUACAGCGUAUAGAAACUCAAUGGGGCAUUUUAGUUAAUAAAAUAAUCGAUUUAGAGGACAUAGCAAAAAAUCAAAUAAGUCACGACAGAAGAUUCAAAUCGACUUUUCCUGCGCAUCGCUCAUUUCCACUUCGUGUCGUGUACAAUCCUGUUAUCGAAUGGUAUUGGAAAUGUAUUAUGAAGAGUUAUGUUCAAAAAAUAGCAGCCGUUUGUGCUGGUUGCCUUUCAGUAGCUGUAGUAUGGUCAGAAGUAACAUUUUUUAAUAAAUCUCCAGUGUUGUCAUUGUUUGCUCAGUUUCUGAAUCUAGCUAAAGAAAAUUACGAUUAUUUUACAAUCGAGUUAAUAUCAACGCUAAUAAUUGCAUAUCUCUGUUACUGUGCUUAUUCGACCGUUUUAAAAAUUCGUGUGCUGAAUUUAUAUUAUUUAGCACCACAUCAUCAGACUAAUGAAUACAGCUUAAUAUUUAGUGGUAUGAUGUUGUGCCGUCUUACACCACCUAUGUGUUUGAAUUUUUUGGGUCUCAUACAUAUGGAUUCACAUAUUAUAAAGACUCACAUAUUGGAAACUCAUUACACUCAGGUUAUGGGUCACAUGGAUGUUAUUUCCAUUAUAUCUGAUGGUUUUAAUGUAUAUUUUCCAAUGGCUAUUUUAGCAUUUUGCUUAGCAACAUAUUUUAGUUUAGGAAGUAGAUUGCUUUCUAUGUUGGGUUUCCAACAGUUUCUCGAUGACGAUGAAUUUACAACAGAUAUUGUUGAAGAAGGUCGAGAAUUAAUUAAACGAGAGAGACGCAAGCGACAAAGAGCGGAAGAUUCAAUGUGUAGAAGACGUGAAUUACAAGAAAGGUUUAGCAGCUCUACAAAUUCGUCUCGUUACAGAACAUCUCGACAAAGCACUGAUACAGUGCGACCGUUGAAACGGGAUGAAUCAGUAGAAUCUGCAAGAGCUGGAUUGUUACGUGAUUUUGAUCCCGCGGAAUAUUAUGUCGGCAUGACAUCCGGAACCUAUAGCUAUGGUGCAAAUAAUUGUUAUGAUAGAGAUUAUCAAACUGAUGAGUUUUACGAAGAACGUACGGACAAUGCAAGAGCAUUUAUUACGAACACAAAUCGUGUAGGACCUCCUCCAAGAGGAUUGUUCGAUGAUAUUUAAAUGAAAUAACGUUUAACAUCUGCUAUGUAAUGAAUUACAGGUGUGAGGUACAUUUGUAUUUAAAAAUAGUCAUAAUCUAUCUGCUCUUGAUACAUGAUAAAAUUUUGCAUACACAUAAAUUGUUACUGUAAUUAAAUUGUCAGUUUAAAAAGCAAUCGUAAAGUUAAACUAAUAUACUAGUUGAAAAAUGUGAUUUUAAACAAAAUCCCAGUUUUUAGUACUUUCAUUUAUUAUUCAAUUUGACCAUAUAAAUUAAUAGAAGUUAAUAGAAUUCAUAGAAUAUUGAUUUAUUUUAUUUAUGUUUAUACGUUUGUAUUUUUAACAAACUUACGAUUAAUAAAAGAGAUAAUAAAAUGGUGAAAAUAAUUUUAUUAUAAUAAUGUAACAUGUUAAAUUUUAUGCAGCAUUUGAUAACAUUUUUAACGUUGUAUGCAUAGACAUAUGUGCAAAGAUAAAGUAUUAAGAGAAUUUUAAAUAGCUAACUAAACUUCGAUUCAAUCUUUUUUUU